AUGCCCAGGAAGCUCCCUCCUCUGACAUCUGUGUGUGUUAGAGAACGCGAUGCGUACAGAAUUACACAAGAUGGCACACUGCAGGAGCGACCAAAGUCCAGCGAGAUCCUGGAGGAGCUGCUGAACCAAGGCAUCAUACCAGUGGGACAGAGCAGAGAGAGGAGCAGCAGGGCUGGAGAGGCCUACAGCAUCAUGCUGGAUGACAAGGAGGGGGUCAAGCGAAAGCCGCCUGUCAGACUGGAGUCCCUAAAGGCCAAGAAGGCGCAAAGUGUCCCCAGCAUAGAAGAGAUUGAGGAGAAGAUACGACUUGCUGAGGAGAGACGCAAGUUAAGGAAAGACGAGCUAAAGAUGCGUUUGAGGAUCAAGUCGGCCCGGGUUCGGGGCCCCGCUCCCACCUCCAGCACAGAGGAGGACGAGGACACAGCCCUCACUCUUGUGGAGUCGCUGCAGUUACCUCCCACCCCGAACCCCCUCAAUCCACUGCCCCACAGCCAGAUAACACGGGAGGAGGCCGAGGGUGGAGAGGGGGGAAGGGAAUUGUAG